AUGGCUGAGGCAGCAGUCGUCCUGGCGCUGCCGUGUCGGAGACAGCUCUUUUUCCCCGCUCCCCGCUACUUUGUUGUCAGCUUUUGCUGGUAUUCUACAUAUCCCGCAAUUGAUAGUUUUCCCGCUUUGGGAAGUCUUACCCACUCCUCCCCUGAUCCCCACCUCCACCUCCACCUCCACCUUCUCCUCUCCUCCAUAACCGCACUUUUUCAGUCAAUCUCCAGCGGGAGAAUGACAAUAGGUCAAUUUUUAAAUUUCUUCACCAAUUGGAUCGGCAUGUUGAGAAUUCAACGCAGAGAGCCUGAUCUCUUUGAUGGAAAAAAAGUAUCUUUUGUGGAUGCAGAUACAUCUGGCCGUCUUCAAGAUCUGGAGAUCAAGGAGGAUGAACAAACAAAGGAAAAUAAAGAGGAAGAGAUACCACCAUGCCAUGAAGACAACACGGGCAAGGCAAUGGAACCGGAGAAUGCACAUGUUCUUAAAUAUGGACAUGAUGAAUCAGAUCUCCCUAAGAAGGGAAAGAGAUUUUGGUUGAGAAGAAGGAAGCAAGUUGUUCGAAAUGGUAAAAACGCUUGUGAUCCACAAUCAUCCCCAAAUCCUGAUCUCAAUAGGAGCAGAAAUUGGGUAUCCAGGAUGUUGAAACGUAACCAAGUCAUACCAAUAGGAGUUAAUCCAAAUCCACACCGAGAAAUUAUCCCUGAUUUCUGUGGAAAGUCUCUGCUACUACUGACUUUAUGUCAUGACCAAACAGUGAUACUGAUGAUUUUAUCCCAUCAUCAUUCUCACUGGUGUUUUUUAUCAAGAAUGACAAAUUAUUACGGACUGGUUUAACUUCUGAACAAUUUAUUUUUGCAAAGAAGAAAAUAUUCUCUACGUUAUAACCUUCAG